AUGUCUUCGAAUUCAGAUAUUAAAAAUGAAUUUAAUGAAAAUACCACAGCAUACCUAAAUUGGUUAAAAGAAAAUCAAGUUGAAAUAUCUCCCAAAAUAACAAUUCAUGAUUAUACUUCUAUAAAUCAAGGUAGAGGAAUUAUAGCCCUAAAAGAUAUAAAAAAGGGAGAAAUUUUAGGUAAAAUUCCAAAAAUUUUAUUAAUUAAUCUACAACAAAAUUUAUUAAUUUCAACUUAUCCACACUUAAAACAAAAAUUUAUAAGGUUAAAUCAUUGGGAUUCUUUAAUUAUUAUACUAUCUUAUGAAAUUAGAAAUAAGACAAAAAGUAAAUGGCAAAAUUAUUUAAAUGUAUUACCUAAAGAUAAAUCAAAUUUUAAUCAAUUAAUGUUUUGGAAUUCACAGGAAUUAGAUAUGUUGAAACCUUCAUUUAUAUUAGAAAGAAUUGGUAAAGAUGAUGCUGAAAAAAUGUAUUAUCAAAUUAAAGAAAUUAUAAAUCAAUUGGAGUUAAAAGAGUUAGAAGAUUUAACAUUUGAUGAAUAUAAUAUAAUUGCAACUUUAAUAAUGUCAUAUUCUUUUGAUAUUGAAUUAACAGAAGAAGAAGAAAAUAAAUUAAUUUUUGAUCAAUUGAAUACAAAUUUAGAUAUACAAGAUAAUGAAAAAGAUUCUGAUGAAGAAAAAGAAGAAAUUUCAAUAUUAUUAGAUGGUCAUUUAAAAUCAAUGGUACCAUUAGCAGAUACAUUAAAUGCAGAUACAAAUUUUAAUAAUGCAAUAAUAAUUCAUGAAAUAGAUUCAUUAAUAAUAACAAGUAUAAAAGAUAUAGCCAAAGGUGAACAAAUAUAUAAUACUUAUUCAAAUCAUCCAAAUAGUGAAAUUUUAAGAAGAUAUGGUUAUGUUGAACCAGAAGGUUCAAAAUUUGAUUUUGGUGAUAUUCCAUUAAUUAUUAUACAAAAUUUUUUUAAAACCAAAUACAACAUUGAACAAGAUAAAUUAAAUUUAUUAUUUGAAAUAAUUGGACAAAUUUCAUAUGAAGAAAGAAUAGAAGAAGAUGACCAAGAAGGAGGAGUUGAACUAAUUAUUGAUUCUUAUGAUUGUUUUAAAAGUGGAGAAGUUAUAAUAGAAUUAAUUUUUAUAAUUCAAUUAAUUACAACUUUCCUCAAAUCAAAUUUAAAAUUUGAAAAAAAAUAUAUCAAAAGAUUUUAUUAUAAGAUUUAUCAAUUAAUUUCUUCAAAAAAAGUAACUAAUGAAUUUUUAAAAAAUUUUAAAGAAAUUUUAGAAAUUAGAUUAAAUCAAUAUCCAAUUUUUGCUAGCCAACCUUUUAGCUCCAAUGCAAACGCAAACACAAGAGAAGAAAUGGCUCAAAUAGUAUUAAAAUCUGAAUAUCAAUCUUUAAAAAAUUGUCAAAUUAAUGGGUUAGUUACUAUAGGUAAAACUUUAAAUUCUAAAAAAAUAAAAUUAAUUGAUGAUGAUAAAUUAAUUAGAGCUAUUGUUAAAAAGAGAAAUAAAGAUGAUAAUGGUGAUGAUGUUGAAGAAGAUGAAGAUGAGGAGGUAGAGGAAGAAGAUGGUGAUGUCGAUGAAGAAGCUGAUGGACAUAUAGAUGGACAUAUAGAUGGACAUAUAGAUGGUCAUGAUAAAAGAAAUGGUCAUAUACUGAAUGGCAAAAAACAAAAAAUGUAA